CUACCUGGCGCUGUUGUCAUGCUCCAUGUAGGAACAAGAAAGCAACUGCGUAAUAUGUCUGACUGUCGACAUCAAGCGCAGUUUUUUAAGCAAGCAAACUUUUCGUAACUCCAGAGGAUUCGAGGCUGAACUACAGACCAACUUUAAAACCGUGUUGGAUUACAAAAAGUUGCUUUUAAAAAAAAAAUUAGGGGAAGGAGUGCUGACCUUUAUUUCAAACACCUGGUCGUGGCGUUUGUACUUUAUUCUUCUCCGCCCGGUGGUAUUAGAAGCAAGAAGAUAACUGGGAGAGAAAAAGAAUUGGAAAUAUUUUUGUUCUCAGAUAUCUUAAGACACGAUGAAGGGGGGAUCCGCGGCUGUGGCUGUUUACGUUGCGAUUUUCUGUCCUAUCAGUGUCUAUGUUUUGGGCUUGGCUAAGGAAUCACUUCCCAGGAAGACCAUCUCUUAUAGUGAGCUUCAACAACUGACAUCAAUGCGAAGCUUUCUGAAGGACAGUGAUAACACUUUUAACAGCUUUUUGGUGGAUGAACCACAUAACCGCUUUUAUGUGGGAGCAAAUAAUACGAUCUAUGUGCUCAAUUUGACUUCCGUGGACCAGGACCUAUUUACGAUCGACUGGAAAGUCACAGAGAAGGAACAUCAUUCCUGCUUACGAAAAGGCAAAAAGACUAAAUGUAACAAUUAUAUUCGAAUCCUGGAAGUCUGGAAUGAGACGCAUCUCUUUGCCUGUGGGACCUACGCCUUUGACCCGCAUUAUGCGUUUAUCAACGUCUUUGACUCAUUCGACGCAUCGGAGAGCAGAAUUGCCGGAAUGGAGAAUGGCCGAGGAAGGUGUCCAUUUGAGCCCACGCACCCUUUUGCAGCAACUUUGGCAGACCAAGUGCUGUAUGCAGCGACUGCAGUUGACUUUCAGGGCAAGGAUAUAGCCGUGGUUAAGAGUAAAGGGCAGGUCGAAAAGAUUCGCACGGAAGAAUCUGUCAAUUGGCUGAGUGAUCCACAGUUUGUGGGAUCAACAUUUGUCAGGGAAAAUGAAGGGAGUGGUGACGAUGACAAACUCUACUUUUUCUUCAGUGAGGUAGCUCGAGAGUUUGACUACUAUAAGAUCCCGCGAGUUCCGAGGGUGGCCCGUGUUUGCAAGAGUGAUAUUGGUGGCCUGAAGACACUUCAGAAGAAAUGGACUUCUUUCCUUAAAGCCCGUUUGGUGUGCUCUGAUGAGAAAAAUGAGAUGUAUUUUAAUACAAUUCAUGAUGUAUUUACACUGCAGCGGGUCCCAGGUGAUGCAGAAUCAACUGUUUUCUACGGCGUCUUUUCCACAAAAUGGUACAACCAAGUUAUUUCUGCAGUGUGUGCGUACAGCAUUAAGGAAGUGAAUGAUGCUUUCCUUGGGUCAUACAUGGGAUAUAAAAGUGAUGCGAGGAAAUGGGUUAUCUUUGAGGGUGAAGUUCCGGAUCCCCGACCUGGCAUGUGCAUCACUGAUAAGCUGAAAGAGAAAGGCUAUAAUACAACGUUAGAUCUUCCAGACAACGUGCUAAUGUUUAUUCGAGAUCAUCUGCUAAUGGCAGGAUUUAUAAAUCCGAUUGGUAAGAAGCCACUCCUAAUCAUGAAGGACACGCGGUAUUCCAAGAUUAUUGUCCAGAGAGAAAAAUCCAGGAGUGGUUCAGAUUAUGAAGUUUUCUAUUUGGGAACAGAAACUGGACAUUUGCAUAAAGUGAUCAAUACCGGCUCCAAAGUUCUUGUGGUGGAGGAUUAUGUCAUCUUUAAACCAGAGGAGAAAGUACUCAGCAUUGCAUUACGGCAGGGGUUUCUCUACAUUGGAUCAUCUAAUAGGCUGGUUCAACUUCCAGCAGUGAACUGCAGCCGAUAUUCCCACUGUAAUGCCUGUCUCCUGGCAAGGGAUCCAUCGUGUACCUGGGAUGUGCAGAAAUGGGAAUGUGUUCACAUUGAAAGCACAAACAUCCAGAGCAGAUCUCAAAAUAUGGAGAAUGUCUCUCAGCAAGCUAAAACCUUAUGCAAGAACGGAAAAGAAUCUCCUGUCCCCUUGACAAAGGUAGUAUCCGUGGUGGAGGGAGCUACCGUGUUUCUUCAGUGCACUCCUAGUUCUGCCUGGUCGACCUGUGAAUGGGCAACAUCAAACGGAACCUUGGAGAAUAAUGACAACAUUGGAGGGAUUCAUAUCGUGGUCUCACAGAGCACUCUGGGUGAAUACAAAUGCUCAUGUGUUGAGGACGAAAUAUGCAUUCCUGAAGCUCACUACAGUUUGGAGACCAAGCCUUCAAAUAGUUCCAGCAAGUUUAAGGAUUCUGUUAAUUAUUUCCUGAUGUUUGUCUUCCUUGUUCUUGGCAUUUUUACUGGUGUCCUUGUCUACAAGUAUGGCCACUCAUGGUGUAUAAAAAUGUUAGCUUCUAAGGGUGGCUGCAACAGAGACUACACGAACGCACCGCAGGGUGCCACGGUCCACAGCUUGGACUCUACUGAUGAAGUCCGGCCCUUAACCAUUACCCAGCGGAGUGGAUCGGGUGGAAAUGGAACCAGUGAGAAAGAGGUGGUUAAUGAAAACGUGGAGAAGGAGGUGAAUGGAAUGAACUUGGGCUCUCCAAGGAACCAGACCAUUUCAAUCAUAUCAUUCCAGGAUGAAACCUCAAUUUAAUCAAGGUCAGACUCGAGCCCUUGAAAAAUGUGUCCUGAAAGGGUAGCCAGGCAUUUGCUUUGCCGCAAUCUUCCUUAUUGCAUUUGUGGUGUUGCUUUUAACACUGUCCACUAGUCUUCCUUCCAAGAAAGAACAUGACCGCUGUCCCAGCCCAACCCCCACUCAGCAACGUUGUCACAUCCGCUUCCCUGCCUCCUUGGGUAGAGUGGCUGGGGUUUGCAACACCUCCUUGUUUACAGUUGCACUGUUUGAGACGUUGUGUGGUUACCUUGUGACCUUCGAUUUUCUAUAGACAACCCAAGUUUUUCCAGUUUUAUUUACAUCAAAAUAACUAAGGAAUUGAAAUCAUUUGAUUUGGUGAAUAAACAUUCACAUUCUGCAAAAUGCAAAUGUGUUUGGAAAGACAUUAGGUAAUGUAACUUGAGGUACUUGGACCAUGGAGCUCUGGGUUGUCUGCUAUGCUGUGUUGAAUUCACUGGCAUCGGUCUGGGAUACCAGUGAGGACUCAGCCCCUGACCAAGAAGGGUAAAUAUGAGCACUGAGAAUUUCUGCUCCAGUGACCACUGCCACAGAGGGUACUUCUAGAUAAGUGAAGAAUCAGAACUGGCCUCUAACGUCUUCUGCUGUACGAAGAACAGUGAUAAAAGAGAGGAACAGUGAGAUAAUCCUUUCAGAGCAGCAAGUUCAAGGUACCAAACGGUUUUUCUCAGCAAUGUAUUGUUCUGCUCGCUCAGGUUACAGUGAGUGACCCCACGUGGGAGGGUCCACGCUGAAUAGGACUCGAUGCCUUCUUGAUAUCGUAAACGUCAGCAAUCAUAAGACGCUAGAUUGCUGGGAACCUCUCACCUGUUUCAAAUACAUAAAAGUUGCUAUACUUGAGCAGUGAAAUGAUUGCUAGGAUAUUCAAUGCAAGUUGUGCUUGGCCAGCUCUCAAAGUAGGACUCCUGCAAAUGGUCCACAACCCUCUUCACAGAGUCAAUGUUUAUACUCUGCGACUACUUGCAAUCACUCCCCCCCCUGGAUGGACAGGGAAUUGUAAAGAAUAGCUGAAAUCUGCAUCCAUUUCUUGUCUGGUGUUCUGGAGUGCAGCAGAAAGGAAUUGCUGGUGCCUCCAAUAUCUCUUCCAAAUGGUUCCAAUGUGGUGGAUUUCUUUAUAUAACCAGAAGUGUGGACUCCUGAAACCACUGUAAAAAUGUGCUGCAAAUGGGAGUUUUGUUGAGUUACUCUCAGUUUACUUUUGAUAUUUAGAGACUGCUCUGUAAUUGAUGUGUGAAGUUUUAAGAUUUGCUCUCUCUACUCUAAAAGUUCACCUUGUAAGGGUCAAUUAACUGAUGCUGUUCAAAUGGUUUUGGACCACAGAUGUGAUUGUGGGGUUAGAAUAUGAUUGGUGUGUUCAGUCCUUAUCGAUUGUUACAGUUUAACCGAGAAAACCACUGGAUUUGAGAGGACCUAACUACUGUUUUUAGGAUUAUUUAGAUCAUAGACUCUAACCCUGCUGUUUGGGUGAAGAUCCAUGCUUUAAUCCAACAAGUAAAUUUAUAUUGUUUUUCUUAUCAUCACUUCAAAUUUCCCCCACCAAUAUCUGACCUAUAACCAUCAGUGUUUAGGCAUGAUUUCAAAGUUUGGUCACUAACAAAAUACCUUUUAACUUUAUACACCACCCAUCAUUCUCAUGCAUAGAUUUCUCCUGAAAGGUAGUGGUAAUGAGAUCACUUGAGUUGAGUAUGAUGCUCUCCUAAACGAUUGUCUACAGCUGGGUCCUCAGGUGACUGUAGAGGCCCACAUAUUCCGAGAUAUUAGGGUAGGUCCUCUUAAUGGAGGGUGCAUGUGUGUAAACUGGGUUAACAUGGGGAAGCUGAUGUAUGGGCAGCCACCACAGAUCGAAAUCAGGGCCCUGCGGCAUGGAGUGCGAGAUGUCUGGAGAUCCUUCACUGCCAUUGUGAAGUGUCAUCGUCCUCCGCCAACUCCGUGUUCAGGUCCUGGUUACAUCUACCUUUGUCUGGAAACUCCCCCUUGACGCCUCCAUGGGUGACCCUACCAGAAGCUAAGUGCCAGACAGCUGAACUCCAGAUGGCAUCACUCUCAGGACCUCAGGAUUCACAAGCCUGUCCCCCAUAACAAGGUGACAAUCCUCGGAGAACAGGAUGAUUGUAUAUAAUGUAUGAACUCCACUUAUUAAAGUUACAAUUCUGCCUUUGUCUCGCAGAGUUUAACAUGCACAUUGGAUUGGCAGAACGUAGAGUUCUGUUGCUAGAUAUUCUCUACAAAGUCUAAGAGGAGCAUUAUUGAAAUCCUAGUUGACCAAGGCAUCCUAGGAUAGUGCUGUUAUAAAAUAGCCAUCACUCCAUGUGUUUAUUUGGCCUGGAACUAGAGUCUGCUCCUCGCCUUUAUCAGUAUUCAGUGAAAAGCCUGAGCCUUUCCAGUAUUCUAUGGUAUUGAUUUUAAUAACAUGGCAAAAAAAAAUUUUUAAUAAUGCAGAUUUAUUAGAUUUUUAAAAAUUGGGCUGGAGGUUUUUUUUAAAAGAAUGGGGUAGGAUGUGGGGGAAGGGCAAAUUGGGGAGGGCUUUGCUUAAUGGAUGCAAGGAUCGAACGGCGUCUGGUUGGUACUGGCCCAGGCAGAGUACCAGGGGCACUGCAGGGACAGCAGUGUGGAUGAUAGAGAUUUUUAUCGAUGGCCCUCAGAUAAUGAGGAGAAAGUAUCACAGUGACUUCUGUUUACAAUUGUUUAUCAAUAGCACAAGCCAGUAUGGGUGUGUAGAGGGUGUUACGAUCAGCUUACACUCAGUUAUUCGGUCACUAACUAGUCUCAUAUCACUUGUCACUGUACAUGGUCUCUGGUUUGCUGAACGGACACUGAAGGACCUCUGGUUCGAAAUGAAGCCCACUGCAGUUUGGUGCCCUAUAGAAAGGGGAGAGGUUUAGGAUUUGAGUCGGGGUUCAAUGUUGAUAAACUUCAUUCUUGAAAGAUUAUUUUAGAUUUUCUGACUGUUGCAGUUAGCAACAAUCUUUUUAUGUGAAUUUAUGCCCAGUUAUAAUGUGGUUUUAUAUUUCUUUAAGAUCUUUUGAAAUGUUCUUCUAUCUAACUCAUUGCUGUAUGCUGCCAGAGCAAAACUAUGACUGUUGAGUUUGAACUUCACCUGCAUAAUUCUGGCAGAGAGAAUGGAAAUGGUAAAUGUUAAUAUUAGCUGACUGAGAGAUCCUCAGUCUUCACUGCUGUAUUAUUCAAUUUUU